UUGUUCGUCCACGAGUUAUAAAACGCAUGUGAUACCGUACCACGCGCUCAGCCUCAAGAGAGAGGAGAAAGAAGGAUCUGUUUGUAGCUAAGGAACCUUUGUUGGCUAUUUUAGAGAGUUAAAGAGAUCUAGGAAGAAGUGACAGAGGUGCUACGGUCGGUGUAUAACAAUGGCGUACACAGAGGGAAUGUUCAGCCAGUUAAUGGAAGAAAAACAAGACCCCGUCAAGGAAAAGAAAAUGUCUGACUCGUCCAACAGCAGCAGCUCUUCUUCAUCGUCCCCUGUAGAGGGUCAAGAAACGGGACAAACCCCAUGGACCAUAGGACUCGUCGAGUGCCCUAUACUAAACAGCAGCAGCAGUGAGUCCAGCAUAGAUUCUGGACUGGACUCGCCGGGUGCUCCUUCUUCACGCAAUUCUCCACUUUCUUUAAAUGAUGCCAUUGUCUCAACCUCUAACCUUACCUCCAUGCUGAAUAAGUUGACUAUAGCUCCUGUGUCUGUCAGCGAUAAUCCGUUCUCUGAUUCGCACGAGUUCCAUGUCCCUCCCUUGUCCCCGGAUUACCUCAUCCCUCCUUCUCCUCUUCUCAAAGACUCUCUCUCUCUUUCCUUCCAGUCCCCGAUCCCUUGGGGUGCCUCCUUCCCUGGGAUAUAUCAGUCGACUCAUCACUACGGCAACGGUCCUGGUGGGAGGAGUUUUGAGCCAAUCUGUUCUCUUCCCUAUCCUUCUUCUCCGUACUCCUCAAGGCCGCUCCAAUCGUCCAUUUUAUCCGUUUCUGCUGGAGGCAGUCCUGUUUGUAAAUGGAGUGGACACUUGCCUCCAAGGCGUUACAAGAAUCCCACGUAUUCCCCACGUGUGUUUCUGGGUGGUGUGCCGUGGGAUACUACUGAGGCCACGUUGCUUGCUUUAUUCCAACCAUUUGGUAACCUCUCUGUUGAUUGGCCAGGGAAAGAAAAUAAACACAACAGACACCCACCUAAAGGUUAUGUUUACUUGACUUUCGAGAUGGAGAAAUCAGUAAAGGCUUUACUAAUGACUUGCGGUCAGAAUCCAUCUAACGCAGGGCAGUAUUUUUGCAAAGUGUCCAGUCGUAGAAUCAGGAAUAAAGAGGUGCAAGUUAUCCCGUGGGCUUUGUCUGACAGUAACUCUAUAAGGUCUCCAUCUCCACGUCUUGAUCCGAGUCGUACUGUAUUUGUAGGCGGACUCCAUGGUCUUAUCAAUGCUGAUUCCUUGGCUCAUAUAAUCGACGAGCUGUUUGGGGGUGUGGUCUAUGCCGGUAUCGACACCGAUAAGUACAAGUAUCCAAUUGGGAGUGGGCGUGUCACUUUUGGUAACCAGCAAGGAUAUAUGAAAGCUGUCAAGGCUGGUUUUGUUGAAAUUAAGACACCAAAUUUCACUAAAAAGGUUCAGAUUGAUCCUUAUCUUGAGGAUAAUCUCUGCUCUGUCUGUGGUCGUGUCGUGGGUCCGUAUUUUUGUCGAGAUUUCCAAUGCUUCAAAUAUUUUUGCCGAGCCUGUUGGCAAUGGCAGCACACCACUGACGGCUUUAUUGGUCACCGCCCACUCACUCGUACCAGUAAAUCUACACCACAUCCAGUCUAACUGUUGUACACCUCUUAUGUCUCACCUCCCAAGCUGUUGAUCCUUUUACCUGUUGGCUAUUUUUGUUAGGGUUUCUGUAAUAUAACCUCUUUCUCUUCCUCACUCACACUCUCUCUCUCUCUCUCUCUGGUUUUGAGUUGGUAUUUUUCUUAGUAUUUUAUCUCUCUCUCUUAUCUUCUAUUUUACACACACUUUAUUUUAAACACUUAAGAUUCACUGACUAUCACUAUUACUGAUAUUGGGAGUCUCUCUCAUUACUAUAUAGUGUAUAUGAAGUGUUUCGACUGAUACACUUGCAACCACUUACUGAAGUGCUUGUGUAUCGUGCUGUUAUACAGUCUGUACAAUAGAUCCAUUAUUUUUUUCACCCAUUCCCAUUAUUGUUUAGUUAUACUUAAGAGCGGGAAAACCCCUCUAUUUUAGGAUAGGGCACAGGUGCCUUUUUGUCUCUUAUUUUGUAUCAUAAUUAUUAUUAUUGUCUUUGUUGUCUAUUAACCUAUUCCUACCUUAAUCUACUUGUUAUUAUUUGAUUUUUAAAUAUAUUUCAUUUAUUCUGAAGAGACAUUAAGUGAGUAAUUCUUGUAUCAGUUUUCAACCAUCCUCUGAUUGUUUUCGAUUUUUAAUUCUUAUUAUUAUUAUUAUCAAACAUUUUUCCAUUUUCUCUUUGUUUUUGGAAAGGACUCUUGAUUUCUUAACCUCAAUAUAAACUUAUCCUUUAUUGUUAUUAUUAUUAUUAUUGUAAUGAGGAGUAGUUCAUUUUUCAUUGUAUUAAUCAUGAUCUAUUAAAUAUUUUUUGAAUAAAAUUUAAUUAA